GAAUGAGUAGCACAACCUUGACAUUCCCUCACACUGUAUGUGUCGCCGCCGGAAGAUGGUCCGUAGUCUCUCCACGCGAAUAGGAGCAGCCCUCGGUUUUCCCCGACUGUGUCACGGAGCGAGAGGAGUAGUGUGGUGUAUGCAGGUAAACACUAGCAUUCUCGGCCACAGAGAGGCAAGUGCGGUGUGCCGAGUUUAACCCACACCCAGCGCGCCAGUACAGGGUACGGAUCCACCUGUGUGUAUAUCUUCGGUUUAGCACCCCGCGGGUGGACAGUACAAUAUGCCAAUGCGCACUCGGAAGUGAACGGUGUUCGUUGGUUGAAGGAUGCCUAAAAAUGCUUAGUAACUGGAAUAGCAGGUGCUGGAAGAAGGGCGUCCGACUGUCAAUACGACUAAACUGUGCGCAUAGCGCGGAGCGCUGAUGUUUGAGCCAUGGAGAAGCAAGCUCUUGUAACCGCGCUGAGCUUGUCCAUGAGCGUUUUCUCGUUACUCUUGUUGGUCACCGCUAUCUUUACCGACCACUGGUACGAGACGGACACCAGAAGGCAUAAGGAGAACUGCGAUAAAUAUGGGUCAGAUUCUAACGACCAGAAAAACAGAGAGAUGCCAAUAUACCACCUGCCUCUGGUGGACAACAGCAACUCCAAGCGGAACGUGGCGCUUAUGAAGCCGAUUCACGUCGGGAGUAGAGAGGAGGAAUUGCUUGAGAACUGGAGGGCGAUACUAGGGAUGGGGAUUCUUGAGACAGAAUGUGGGCGUCCGUUGUUCUCCACGUAUUCUGGACUGUGGAGAAAAUGCUACUUUGAAGGCAUGGACCGGGAUAUUGAUAAACUAAUUUCAAAGGGUAUUGCUGACCGAUGCACAACUGUCAAGUACCAUUUCUCUCAGCCUAUUCGGCUCAGAAACAUCCCCCUCAACCUGACGAGGACCAUUCAGCAAGAUGAAUGGCAUCUCUUACAUCUGCGUCGGAUCACGGCAGGGUUCCUGGGCAUGGCGGCUGCUGUGUUGCUGUGCGGCAGCAUCGUGGCCACAGUGGGCUUCUUCUGGGAGGAGAGCCUCACCCAGCAUGUCUCCGGCCUGCUCUUCCUGAUGGCAGGUACGACGCCUGCCAACUACCAACACCCUCGCGCUCCCAACCCACCUCUCCUGCGGAAAUGUCACUGUGCAUGUGUAUGUGUGGGUAUCUUCUGCACCAUUUCCCUCUGCACCUACGCCGCUAGCGUCACCUAUGACCUCUCCCGAAAUCCGCCCUUCAUCUACGGGCUGCCCAGUGACGUCGACCAUGGCUACGGCUGGUCCAUCUUCUGCGCCUGGGUCAGCCUGGGAUUGACCGUGGCAUCUGGCUGCCUCUGCACCACCUACCCCUUGGUCAGCCGAACCAAGGCCCUGCGCUCCAAAACCGCCCGGGAGUCCUCGGUAUGAGAGGCAUGCGCUGCAUGAGAAGAUUGAGCCCCAACCCCAGUCUCCCCCUCCCAAAGCUUCGAAAGUUGAAUUAUUUGACCCUGGCACCUCAUUGGUGUCCGAAGACCAAUAAAAAGACGUGUUUCAGUAAGACGUGG